AUGCAUUGUAAAAAGGAUGCAUCAUAUAAAAAAAAUGCCUUUUUAACCAAGCAAGUGUGUGCUGUGAUAAAACAAAGAAUCUCACCAAAGUAUAAGGACCAUGGUUGUCCUACCAUUUCUUGUGUCAUUGGGAACCGUGAGUCUGCACAAGCCUUUCUUGAUUUAGGAGCUAGUGUCAAUCUCAUGCCCUAUGCUAUAUACUCGUUGUUAGGUCUAGGAGAGAUGAAACCCACCUCGCCUAUUGAUUUCUUGGUAUUAGAUGCGAAGGUUGAGGUGGAUGUUAACUCUAAUCUCCCUAUUAUACUUGGUAGACCUUUCCUUGUGACAACUAAUGCUCUUAUCAAUUGCAAGAAUGAUCUGAUGAGGUUGACAUUUGGAAAUAUGACUUUAGAAGUCAAUAUUUUCCAUGUCACCAAACGACCUAUGGAAGAUGAUGAAUGCCAUCAAACCUACAUUAUUGAUGCAUUCACUCAGGAGGAAGCAUCCACAACAAUUGAUAUUGAUCCUUCGAACUCUUUUCUCCUAAAUUUUGAAACUUCAUAUGGUUUUGAUGUUGAUGACUAUGCUAACGUUUGUGUUGUUUUUGCAAAAUUACAAGACUGCAGGACUUCACCAUGGCAACCCAAGUUUGAGGCAUUGCUAGAAAGGAUAGGAGGAAAGAAACCAUCAAGCAUUGAAAGCCCUAGGCCAGAAUUGAAACAACUUCCUACAGGACUGAAACAUGUGUUCCUUGGACUAGGCAAUACCUUUCCUGUCAUUAUUUUGUAA